UGACACUCAAGUCAUCUCUGUACCGAGGCCUCACGCAAAAUCAAGAUGGCAGAUAUCGCUCUCGGCGCGAUUGGGCUCCUUCCAAUCCUCAUUCGUACAAUCUCAUCGUUCCAGACCAUUCAUAAUGGUAUAAAGAUCGCUAAUAAGUGCAUCGAGCAUCUCGACAUCAUAGCGAUUGACUGGAAGAUCCAGCGGGGACGAUUUCUGAAUGAAUGUGUCCUGUUAUUGAUGGAAAGCGGAGAGGAAGAGCUAGUUGGACGGGCAAUGGUGGCAGAUUUACUCCAUACAAGCUGGACAAAUAGCGCACUAGCCACGUCAUUUUCAACAUGUCUUGGAGACAGCUAUGAAUUGUGUAUUGAGAUCAUGAAGAGGUUCGAUACGAUUUCGAAGAAGUUGAAGAAAAUCUUAACUGGGUUCGAAACCGUUCGUAGCAAGAAGAUCAAGGGCGAAUCGUACAAGAUCACUUACCGCAGAUUAUACCAAAGUAUCCGUUUUGCUUUCGAUAAAGAAGAGCUUGAAAAGCAAAUCCGGCUUCUCAGGCACAAGAAUGGAGAUCUCGAGUCUCUUCGAGCCCAGAUCAAGAGCUUUCAUUGCCAGUCGUUACCUCGUGGUCUUACAAGCUAUCAUAAGCCGAUGCCGCCUUACUUUUGCGAAGUUCAGCGUAUAUCUACGGAAGCACAUCGUGCCCUGAUUGCGAGUUUCAGCUGUUCUGAUACCAGCCAUGAUGAACACACUGCUCUGAUCGCUUUGGAUGUUGAUUAUGGGAAUGAGACACGCCUUGAAAUGGCGAUUAGCUACAUGAGUAGCUCUGGAAUUGCUCCAAGCAUGGAUCCUCCAGUCAAAUUUCUUCUCCGGUCAGAAUCUAUCGAGGAAUCGCAGGAAUCUCUCCGUACGGUUAACUCGAAAAGGCAAAGCAAUCAUUCUUUGAAAUGUCAUUUAUCAAUUGCUCCAGCAGAAGAACCUCACAGCCAGCCAAGAGAGCAUGCGGAAGAACCGAGGAAGAAAAGGAGAAAGGUUACCUUUGCCAGGCUUCCGGAACGACACCAAAAGACACUGCAAGAGGCUGUGUCGAAGAUCGAGGAGCCAGAUACCACUCUAAAUCUCGCGGCUUUGUCAAGUGUCUGUCAGUUUUUACGCCAGAAAUGCAAUCGAAGCGGAAAAGCCAAGGCCAAAGCCUUAUCCACACACUUUGCACUCUUGCGCCUCUCGGAAGAGGCGCAGUAUGUGUUCUACCUAUCCUCACAUGGCUACAUUAGCCCGAACUUGGUGAACCAGGGACCAUUCACGCCGGUGCCAUUGACUGACUAUCUAGACAACCAUUUCCAAGGCGAGGUUUCGGUUGUUCAACAAUACAAGCUUGCAUUGAAGUUGGCACAAGCAGUUUUGCAGUUCCAGUCAACUCCAUGGUUCGAAGAGGAAUGGGACAUGCGACAGUUACUUGUGCUACCAGAAGCAGAUGAUGCGGCGGACGAUCUACGAGUCUAUAUCAAUUCGAAGCUCACAAAAACAAAGUCUAAUCCUUCACAGAUUGAACCCAUUACAAGUCUUAAUAGGCAAAAGGCCCAUAGACCGGCUAACAAUGUUAAAGUGCCACUAUCAACGGCACAGCGUAGAGGCGUGGAUAACAUUACGCUUUUCUGUCUCGGAGUUGCUUUGCUUGAAAUCGCGCACUGGAAACCAAUUAGUAGUCUUCGAGAAGACUAUGAUGACGAUAGCAUCGACACAGCGAGACGAAUGGCCAACGGCAAUUCGCUGCUUGGAAAAUGGUACGAUGAAACUAUCCGCAAAUGCCUGCGAUGCGACUUCGCAGUUGGAGCAGACUUGAGACGACUCGAGCUUCAAAAAGCUGUCUACGGAGAAGUUAUAUGUCCAUUGGAAGACCUUAUUGAAAGGCUGGACAAUUUGAGCCUGUAACUCAUAGUAUUAUCCAUUAUGAGAAUGUCAGGUAUUGUUACAACAGCCAGAUUACCCGGAAGACGCGCCAUAUAUCGAGGUAGAAGCGGAAUCUUCUAAAGUUAGUGUACCUGUUCGCUCAAGGCGUAUCGUCGUAGCUCUUGGUUCCAAAGGCUGAUAUUUAUGAUAUUGCCACGAACGGCUGUGAAUUUCUGUAUUCCAAUCGGUGCAAAUACCUCUACAGCUGUUUGGCCUAUGAUAUCGGAUGAGUGCUUCUGUCCAAAGUCAUCUCACGUCUGCUUUUAAGGACGGACCGGAGGGCGCUUCAUUUCGAUAUGAAACGAGUCAUUGCGUCUAGGAGAAGGGGUAGAAUGUAAGACGAGAAAAGGUAAUAUGUAAAAGUAGGAAUAAGGAGGCAGCAACACUGGCAGUCGAGAGUGUUAAUAGAAUUUGUUGCUAUCGGAAUUGCAGAUUUAUAUGGUCUAGAAGAAUAUGGACU